AGAGCUCCCCGAAAACAACAACGGAGCGUAUGAAUGAAGUUUGAUUAGGAUAUCAAACAAGAGGAGAGAAUGAGCAUGCCUACUAAAUGAACUGAGAUUGUUGAAGCCGGCUGGGAAGCCGGUCUUGUGAACUUGAUGAUGCCAGCAACCAGCGCCAGCAGCGUGCUGUGUGGAGUUCAGUCUACUCUCGCGUUUUGGCAGAACCGGUUGUUCGGUUGGAGCAGCUCCAAGUGGUUUGGCACAUUCUACAUUCUAUCUUUGCUAAUGUGGAGCUGGGCGCAGUGCGGAGGCCGAUUCAAAUUGUCAUUUGGUUUCAAUUUACGAGUGUUUUGAGCAGUAUUGGAGGUAGUUGCGGUCGGGAUUCGAUUCUGGAUUAGUUUGGACAACGUUCCUUGUUGAGAAAACCGUGCGCGGUCGCUCCGUUCGGCGCGGAAAAGAAAACAAAAUGAGCCUCGACGAGACGGUGGAAGUGGUUAUACCACUGGUGAAAACCAUCACCAGCCUAUCGUUUCGGAAUCUCAACUACACCGUCAAUCAGAAGAGCACCAAGAAACAGCUGCUAAAGAACAUCUCCGGCACGUUUCGUUCCGGACGAUUGACGGCAAUUAUGGGCCCAUCCGGGGCAGGGAAGUCUUCACUGAUGAACGCACUGAGUGGAUUUAAAACCCAGGGCAUUACCGGGCGCAUCCUGAUCAACAACGAAGUCAUCGAUCGGCAAAAGUACCGACAACUGGUAGCCUACAACACCCAGCACGUGCCUCUCCUUCAGAAUAUCACCGUUCAGGAAACGCUCCACUACGCGGCGGACCUCAAGCUCUCGUCCAAUGUCACUCGAAUACACAAAACCAAAAUCGUAAACGACAUCAUCUCCCUGUUAGGACUGGAGAAAUGUGCUCACAAUCAGGCGCGAGUGCUUUCCGGAGGGGAACGAAAGCGCCUAUCCAUCGGACUGGAGCUGGUAUCCAAUCCAAAGUUGCUGUUCUUCGACGAACCGACCAGUGGGCUGGACAGUGAAUCUUCGUAUCAGGUUGUUUCCUACCUGAAAGAUCUGGCCAAACAGGGUCGGUGUGUGGUCAGUGUGAUCCACCAGCCCAGUUCGGAGCUGCUGGAGUUGUUUGACGAUAUUUACGUAGUGGCCGAUGGACGGUGUAUGUACCAGGGUGCGUUGGAGGACAUGAUUGGGACGCUGGCCGGAGCUGGAUUCGAGUGUCCGCAGUAUUACAAUCGGGCUGACUUUGCCAUCAAAGUGGCUUCCACUGUCAAUACGGAUCCGGAAAAGAUCAACUCGCUUAUGAAACAGAUGGAAUCCAUCAGCAAUGAUCAGAUGAAUGGCUUCCACGGCGAACUGAACGAAACCGGCAGCGAAAAGCUACUGAACGAAUCUAGUCGAAGGGGUUCGAGUCCCCAGUAUCCGAUAUCACAGUUUCGCCAGUUUCUGAUUCUGACUCGACGAACGGCGCUUGGGACGAUCCGAAAUCUUACGCUGACGCGGUUACGAUUUCUUGGGCACAUAAUGUUCGGACUGAUUGUCGGAUCGGUGUUCUACGAUGUAGGGGAUAAUGGAGCGAAGGUGCUGGCCAAUAUUAGCUGUUUGAUAAUGCUGCUGAUGUUUAUAGUGUUUUCCAAUUCCAUGACGGUGGUGCUCACAUUUCCCCUGGAGAUGGCGGUUUUUGUGCGGGAACACAAAAACAACUGCUACUCGGUGGUCGCGUACUUCCUGUCGAAAAUUGUCGCUGACUUUCCGCUGAUGCUGGCCGGGGUGACCUGUUGCCAGCUGAUUGUCUACUACCUGACCGGGCAGAUGAACGAAACCGAACGGAUAGUGAUGUUCUGGGGCAUUUGUGCCCUGAUGGGAUGGACGGCGCAGAUGUAUGGGAUGGUGGCAGGGUGCAUCUGUCCGGUGGAGGUGAGCCCCUUCGUGGUUCCGAGUUCGAUUGUUCCGAUGGUGCUGUUCUCUGGGUUCUUCAUUCGGUACGGGGAACUGUUGGAUGUGUACAAGCCGUUGACGUAUGUGUCGCACUUUCGGUACGGAUUUGAAGGGUUGGCGUUGGCCACGUAUGGAUUCAAUCGGACGGAGAUCGGAUGUGAGGAGAUGUUCUGCUAUUAUAGGAAAAGUCGGAAAGUGUUGGAACUGCUGGAGAUUCAAAACUCGAACUACUGGUUUGAUGUGGCUGGGCUUUGUGUGUGGAUAGCAGUAUUGCACGUGUUACUGUACGUUAGUUUAAGAUUAAGACUUAGGUGGACUCGAUAGGAAAACGUGUAGAUUAUUACGGUGCUUAUCAUUCUAGUUACAAAUUGGAGAUAGUCACACAAAAAUCUGACUCGAAUAUAUGAAUCUGUUACUAACGUUACCUCAAAGUUUAUGUAGGUUAGCUUACGUUUUAAGUUAGCACAAACUGCCACGUACUUCAGCUGUACUAACAACUUAAGUGUAGGCCAUAUGAAAAGAAUAUAAAGAUCUGCUGACCAACU